AUGGAUUCAUUAGCGCGAGUAGGUGAUCAAAGAAUAAAUAAACCGUAUCUCGGUGGCUGGAAGCACAGAGCCACAGGUGUGAUAUAUCACAAUGCAGCAUCGCAAACAGGACCAUUAAACGUGAACAAUGUUGAGAAUUUCUGCAGCAGAGAGGUGCAGUGUAUUAAUACCAAAGAUGAUGCAUUUCAAACUUGUAUUAACAGAGCUACGCAGAUGUGGAGAAAAGACUGUUAUACAUCAAGCGAAGGAGACAAAUAUUUGACCUCGGGUUCCUACGAAACCGCUGAAGAAAAACAAGCUCGCCUGAACAAAAAAGCGCUAACGAUCCAGCGCUGUUAUCGAUCCUGGAGAAUCCUGAAGAAAAUCCGACUUUGCGCUGCUGAAUACCGUCGUUUGAACGAGGAAUGCUUGAAUCACGCAAAAGGACAAGAAGAACUUCGCCAGGAGCGCACUAGGUACUCGAUAAUCCGGCAAACAUACCCGCAAAGUCGCUCAGACUUCGAUAAAAUUUACGCGCUCAUUGAAUUAUGGCGACAGCACCAUCAGAAGCGGAUCCGAGGUUGUUUUUUUCGAGGAGCGGUGAUUGCAGAAAAUCUCUCGAUGCUGGAAAAAAUAACAGAGAUGCUGAGAAACCUGGAAAAGCAUCGACGUAUUAUUAGAGAGGAGCGUGCAAGUACCCGGCUCACAGAGUUGUUGACAUUUCACAGUAAACCAGUCAGAUGGACUGGAUACAACGGCAAGCUCAUUGAAAUGAUAACUCUGAGGACCCAGAGAGCUCGUGAGCUCAAGAAUCUCUAUGACCUACUAGCCAACGAGAGCAAUUGCACCACUGAGAAACGAAUCGAAAUGUUUAUUCAUCUCAAGUGCGCUCUUAGUUCUCACAAUUGUUACCCUGCGUUAGAUCUUCAAGGUUUGAUUCAACAGAAACUUUUAUUGCUGUCCCGCGGACUCGCUUCUGGGCUUGAUUAUUUCAACAAAAGAAUAUUAAGUAAUUUUUUUUUUUAG